CGCGCUGGGCUGACGGACAUGGAAGACUAGCGAGAAGUAUUGAACUUCUGGAGACUUUUUCUUUGACCUGUUGCCCCGGAUUAACCUCUCGGUCCAUUGUGUUAAUAUAACACAAUGAAUGCCAGUUUGAGAAUUGGAGUGCUCUUGAUCGUUUGCCUCCAGACAGUCCAGUCCCAACAUUUCACUGCCCUCAAUGCAGUAGUGAAUGACCCCGUAACUCUGCUUUGUGAAAUUGUGUGUCUUGGUGACGCCCAGUGGACGAUCUUCAUCCCCAGCAAAACCGACAUUGCUCGCUGUGACAAAGGAACAUGCAGGGUUGAAAAAGGUUUUCAGAAAAGAUUUGCUUUCUCAGGAGACACCAAAAAAGGGAACAUCUCCCUGCUCAUCAGAUCUGUUGUCUACAAUGACGUCGGCUCCUACAGGUGCAGCUGUGAUGGAAAAACAUCUGAAAUAAAGCUAAAGGUUUUUGUUCCUACAGUCGUGACUGCUCGCAAGCUGGAGAACGUUACCCUGCCAUGCUAUGGAGACACUCGGCAGGAUGCCAAUGAUGUACAGUGGAAGAGAGAUGGCCAAAAGGUUCUGCUGUACAAUCAUUGGACUAGGACUGUGACUGCUGGUGAAGGCUUUGAAGACAGAUUCUUUCUGUCACAAGAAGCCUUUCCAGAUGGUGAUCUCUCCCUCCACAUCACUUCGGUUCGCCACUCAGAUGCAGGAUUGUAUCUGUGCAGCAUCCAUGAUGAAUUCCGUGAAGGAGAACCUCGCGCUGUCCUGCUGAAAGUGGAAAGGGGCAGUCGACAAAGGUACCUUGAUGCCAUCAUCAUACUGGUUAUAGUUCUUGGAUUGGUCAUUUUUUUGUUGGUCAUUUUUAGUAAUUUACAUAAAGUACAUACAGAUACCCCAAAAGACACUGCUGCUUCCUUGUCCACCAGCUCCUCUCCUAUAUGACCUGGAAAUGAAUUUCCGUGGCGCCCAUCUUGCUAAUUGGGACGUAACAGAGGAGACAAAAAGAAGCUGCUCCAAACACCUGCCAAAGUGUCUUUAAGUGGAGGAAAUUUGUUAAUGGUGCAGCAAAGUCUUUAAUUCAUUCACUCUCAGCAGAACAUAGCCAUUUGCUCAUUUAUCUAAAUGUGGUAAAGCAAGUUCCAUGUUGAGCCUAUUAAAUAGC